CUCCUGCCCCUCCAACCCUCAUGGGAUUUUUCGACCACCUCCAAAAAGGAGGGGCCUUCUCACUGCAGCCCAAGAAGCCUCAGAUUCGCAAAGUCGUCCAGACCCGAACCGCUCCUCCUACCUCCCGCUCUCCCUCGCACACGCCAGGACACAAUCCCUCCCCGCGGACGCCAUCCGUCCAGCUCAAAACUCGAGAAGCGUCUGGCAGUCGGUCCGUCUCGAGGGAUCGCAACGAUCUCCCUUCCUCAUCCUCGAAGCGCCGGCAUGGCACCCCCAUCCAAGGCAAUCGCAAGCGUCAAACCCCCGAAUUGCGCCUCUCCAGCGAUGAUGACGCCAGCAGCGACUCUGAUACUUCAUCCUUCGAGGUCCGUAAACGGGCCCGGACGGGCGACAGCGCGGAGCCGGACCCUCACCGGCGCGUGCGCUCACUGAAGGCUUUCGUCGAGGACAACGGCAGCAGUGGUGGUGGUGGUCCCAGACGGCUGCCCAUGAUCCAUGCGGCGGAGAUCACCUCGGCCCAGAAGGAAGGGAAUUUCAAGCCGGCGUUUGGAGCGUCGAAGCCAUUGCCAGAGAUUUUCCUGCAGUAUCCGAGUAACUCUCCGAAGGAAAGGUAUGACCUUGUCGUUCCCCGCGACAACGACGAUUUCAAAUCCAUCGACGAUAUCGUUCAAGUCAUCGAGAUUGUGGCUCAGAACUUCAUCCCGGAAGACGAGGUGGGCGAGUUUGACGAUGAGACGAAUGGGAUCAAGCGCCGACUCCGGCGAGCCCUGGCGCAAUCGUCCGAAGCGCAGUUCCGGGAAACGGUGGCCGACUAUAACCAUGCUAUUACACGAUUGAGGCGCAACGGGAGCAUUGCCAAGAAACUCGAUUCGAUGGGCCGUCUCAAUUUGCCGCUGGUGGAGAGAAUCUUGAACCAGAUCUACUCCCGAACCGUCUCGCCUCGGGUCGAAUCACUGCGGCAGUAUGAAAACGGGACUGACAACGUUUAUGGGGAGCUGCUUCCUCGAUUUAUUAGCACCAUCUUCAAGGAGACGGGCUUGAAAUCUGGCCAGGUCUUCGUGGAUUUAGGUUCUGGCGUGGGCAAUGUGGUUUUGCAGGCAGCGCUGGAGAUAGGGUGCGAAAGUUGGGGCUGCGAGAUGAUGCAGAAUGCCUGUGAGCUCGCGGAACUCCAACAAGCGGAGUUCCGCGCGAGAUGCCGGCUAUGGGGCAUUGCCCCCGGGAAAACGCACCUGAUCCGCGGCGACUUCUUGAAGCAGCAAAGCAUCGUCGAUGUUCUGAAGCGGGCGGACGUCGUCCUGAUCAAUAACCAGGCGUUCACCCCCCAGCUGAACAACGAGCUGAUCAACCAUUUCCUGGACAUGAAGGAGGGCUGUCAGAUUGUGUCACUCAAGUCGUUUGUCCCAGCGGGCCACAAGAUUCAAGCCCGCAACCUCAAUUCGCCCAUCAACCUGCUCACAGUCAAACAACGAAAUUACUGGUCCAAUAGCGUCAGCUGGACCGACGUUGGCGGCACAUAUUUCAUCGCCAGGAAGGAUAGUUCCCAGCUGAAGGCCUUUGUUGAAAGCCAAGGGUGAACGGUUCUUGGCCUAGCUGCAACAAACGGGUGCAUGAUUGUCACGGCAACUCUUGGGUAACGACCGCGAUGAUUUCUUUCUUGUAUCGAUGGCUCCCUGGACACACGUGAUAUAUAUGUCCAUUUUUAUUCUACAUAGUUUUCAUUUUUCCAGAUCCCUCCUUGGUGUCCCUGAGUUCGAUUUUGGGAGGAAUACUCCGGGGCUCCAGGCAUGAUACCACCUUUUUUUUUCUCUUCGGACCGGCAUCUAUACUAAACCAGCGCUUUGCUAUUUUUCAUCCAUCGUCAGUUUCAUUUUCCGCUCUUGGUCCAGGUUGGGUAUUUAGGCCAUCGCGCGUGAGCCUGGAUCUGUCUCUCUGGACCAACUGCUACUGUGAAUAACUAGUUCAUGGGUAUCAUUGUGCAUAGAAAGCUCUGACACAUAUCCUAAAGAAAUCCCGCCCAGCCCGAUGCUUCUUGGGUACGGGGAAAUGAUCA